CAUUCUGCGAAGAAGGAGUACAGUCCGAGUCCCAUCGUGCAAGCGAAGGUCCCCAACUUGCCCUGCUUCAGAUCUGAUCGGUUUACGCUCUGCAAUAUCAUUUUGCCGUCAUGCAGGCUAUCAACACGAUCGUGCUAGUGUGUUUAGCAGUCACCAUGGCCCGUGCUCACCUUGUACAAGGCAAGGGUGAAAGUUGUAUGGUGAGACGUAUGGUGAAAGCCGGCAUCACGCACUCAAAAGCUCAGAAAUUCGAGAAGAACGCCUUACAGGUACCAGUACCGGAGCGUAUCAUGUCCAGCAUGAAUCUGGCCGUCCUCGGAUACGUACUGAGAGGCUCUCUUGCUGAAGCGAACGCUGUUCAAGGUUGCAUCCGGAAAUCAUCGAAGGCCUGCAAGACAUACUCUCCAUGCGCGAACGGUGGAGUGUGUCAGCUGUCGCCCACUAAAAAGUCAUAUGUAUGCAAGUGCCACACUGAUUUCACCGGGGACUUCUGCCUGAAGCUUAGUUGAGCCAAUUCCGUCCAGCCUCAAUCAUCGAACUUAAAAGUAUGCAAACUGAAGUGGCUGACCUCCGAAAGUUACUGAGCGCUAGCACCCAGCUCUUGGGAAACGGUUGCAACCAAAGGACUGUGGGAUACAAAUAUCAAAGUCAUCACAAUUUGUUCACAAAAAAGAACGUAGGGCAGAUAGCGUCGAUCACAUUCAC